CAAAGCCCUUCUCAUCUUCUCCCCCACGCAAUGGCAUGAUCUAGAGGUUGAUCCGUAUAUUACUUUUUCGCUAUUUUAUAUUCAUAGGCCGCUCCCUGGACACCUGUUUACGCCCUAAGACCCUGCUCGUCAAGCUCCGAGCUUAAUUGCGCUUUCGACUGGUGCUGAACCCUCUUCAGGCCCGCAACUGCCAAGCAACCCAUUCUAGCCAGCUUUUUCGAGAUCCAGGUCUCUUUGGAAAAAAAAAUAUGCAGUUUUCCGAAGCACAAGCCGCGGAGGUCAAGGCGUGGGUGGUUCGAAAGUUGGAAGAUAUAUCAGAUGCCGAUUCGGAUGUACUUGCGGACUAUGUCCUAGCGCUCAUUAGAUCCGAUGCGCCGGAUGAUGAGAUCAGGAAAGCUUCUGUGGAGAACUUGGAAGACUUUUUGAGAGAACACACCGCCCAAUUCGUUGAUGAGCUAUUCUCGACGUUUACUCCCCAAAAAGAAGCCCCUCCAUCGGCUCCUCAGCCGCAGACCCAGCCGCAACUUGCGCAUGAUAUCUCGCAUCCUGUGUCAGCUCCUCAACAACCUCUCCCAUUCAACCCGCUAUCAGGUCCCCCGAAAAACUACUAUGGAUCGCCCAUGGGCGGGCCUCACCCGCAAGGUGGACUAGACGGUGCAAACUUCAAUCGCAAACGCAGCUACCAUGAAGGAUUUCAGGCAGACCAGGAACUUCAAGAUGCUCCACACAACCGAACAUUCAAGACCCCGCGUCGAGGCCGAGGAGGUGGCCGAGGAGACUGGAUGGGGAGAGACGGUCGAACUCCUUCAGCGCCUCUCGGACAGUAUCCCCCACCCUCGGGUGGAUUCCCAAUGCCUUCUGCGUUCCCUCCAUUCGAUCAGAAUGACCCGAUGGCAGCGAUGAUGGCUCUUCAGAGUAUGGGAUUCCCCCAGAUGCCAGGAAUGCCUAUGCCUAUGCCUCCUACUGGAGCGCCCGGUCAGCAGCAGCCGGACCAAAUGGCAGCAAAGAGUACCGAACGCUGUCCGUUCUAUGAGACACAGGGUAUUUGUUAUCUGGGAGCUACCUGCCCUUAUCAACAUGAUAUGGUUCCUGGUGCUUCAAAGGACGAUGAAUAUGAUCCAAAAUCAUCUAACAUCAUGACGGAUGGCCAUGGACGAGAUGGUGGUCCCCGUAUGCGUGGCAGCGACAGAGGCCGGGGCCGUGGCCGUGGUGAUCGCGGCGGAUUUGGACCUCGAGGACGUCGAUCAGAGUUCUCUGCAGCUGGGCCCAAUGACGACACAUCAAUUACGACUAUUGUUGUUGAGCAGAUCCCCGACGACAAACUUGACGACGCAAGUGUACGGGAGUUUUUCUCCCAGUACGGUGAAAUUGUUGAACUUUCACUACAGCCACAAAAGAAGCUUGCUUUGAUCACAUAUGACAGCCAUGCUGCAGCCAAACAGGCAUGGUCAAGCCCGAAGGUCAUCUUCGAUAACCGAUUCGUCAAAGUCUAUUGGCACAAGCCCAGAUUUGACAAGAAUGGUGGACAAGGCGGGGGAGAUGAAGGCCCCGCUUUCAAUCAAGAAGAAUUCGAAAAACAGCAAGAGGAAGCACAGAAGGCAUACGAGGAGAAAAUGCAGAAGCGUAGGGAAACCGAGGAAGCGAAGCAGGCUCUGGAAAGACAACGCGAUGAGCUCCUCAAAAAGCAGCAAGAGGAGAAAGAAAGACUCUUGCAGAGACUCGGAGACCAAGGUGCUAGUAAUGGCGUUGGCUCUACCGGCGGAGAGACUGCGGCUCCUGCCGACGAGAAUGCCAGCGAUCAAACCAAACAGCUCCGUGCUCAAUUGGCGGCUCUCGAAGCGGAGGCAAAAACUCUGGGGAUUGACCCUAAUGCUGAAUCCUCUCCUUUCGCCGGCCGUGGUCGUGGAAGAGGAUUCCCUGGCUACCGGGGCAGAGGAGGCUUCCCCCCGCGGGGUCGUGGAUAUGAUCCUUCCUUCCGUGGAGGAUUUCGCGGCAGAGGCAUGGGCCGUGGUCGAGGAGGUGUGUUGCGUCUCGACAACCGGCCCCGGAGAGUUGCCGUUUCUGGUGUCGAGUUCAACUCGGACAAGGACGAAGCUUUGAGGCAAUUCUUAAUUGGCGUUGGGGAAUACGAAUCCAUCGAACCCAAUCCUGAACAACAAGACUCUUUGAUCGUCGCAUUCAAGGAACGCUACCAGGCCGAGCGAUUCAUGUUUGGAAGCUGGACCAUUCCCUCGGUCGGCGAGGUCCAACUCACCUGGGUUCCCAACCCCCCAAUCACUGCACCUACAACCCCAGGCGCUGUGUCGGACACAAAGACCGGGUCGGACGAGGACACAGCCAUGGACAACACAACCGGAUCACUGCCGCCGGAUCAACUGGGCGCACCAAAGGACGGCAAUCAUGACGUUGAUUAUGACGUUGCGGAUAUGGAUGACAGCUGGGGUGUGGAGUAGAUAUGACUAUUUGUACUACGUAUGGAUAUAAUAUUUUCGGCGUUGGUAGCGAGAAAAAUAUUCUUGACUUUUCCCCCUAUCUUUGUCUUUGACUGUGUUAUUCGGUACUGCUGUAGCAUGGAGACAUGUGCAGCCAUUUUGAUAGUUAUGCGUUUGAGUGAUUCAGGUUAAUAUAUACAAGGCCACGGUACUGGCGAAAUACCUAUUGCAUGUUCUGAGGAACAAGCUCUACGAUAUAUCCAUCCUACUAACAGUUAGCCACAAUCAUACCAGAUAAAUAAUCCCCGAAACAAGAGACUAAAGUAUAGAGUAAACAGUCGAAGCUCACCGGGUCAGCCACAUAAGCAAUCUGGUUGAAAAACCUCUUAUAGUUCGGGUGGAUCUCCCCAACACCCACUC